GCGUAAAUGGUGUUAAGAGUAAGAUGGACUUGGGUAGGGAUGCUCAGGAAUCCAGUCCUGUACAGUCAUGAGCUUGGCCAUCUGGAAGUCUCCUCUUGCUCAAUGAAAUGGAGUAAACAUUGUCCAUUAUGAAAUCCACCACACAGGCUGCCAGGGACGAAUGGGAUCCCACCCAAAGCCAAUCGCUGCUCUGACAGGGAAAUUGGCUAGCACUGCCUGAGACUACUCCAGCCUCCCCCGUCCCUGAUGUCACAAUUCAGAGGCUGCUGCCUGCUUAGGAGGUUGUAGAAAGCUCUGUAGGUUCUCUCUGUGUGUCCCUACAGGAGUCUUCAGGCCAGCUCCCUGUCGGAUGGCUUUUAUGAAAAAAUAUCUCCUCCCCAUUCUGGGGCUCUUCAUGGCCUACUACUACUAUUCUGCACAUGAGGAAUUCAGACCAGAGAUGCUCCAAGGAAAGAAAGUGAUUGUCACAGGGGCCAGCAAAGGGAUCGGAAGAGAGAUGGCUUAUCAUCUGGCGAAGAUGGGAGCCCACGUGGUGGUAACAGCGAGGUCAAAAGAAACUCUACAGAAGGUGGUUUCCCACUGCCUGGAACUUGGAGCAGCCUCAGCACACUACAUUGCUGGCACCAUGGAAGACAUGACCUUCGCAGAGCAAUUUGUUGCCCAAGCAGGAAAGCUCAUGGGAGGACUAGACAUGCUCAUUCUCAACCACAUCACCAACACUUCUUUGAAUCUUUUUCAUGAUGAUAUUCACCAUGUGCGCAAAAGCAUGGAGGUCAACUUCCUCAGUUAUGUGGUCCUGACUGUAGCUGCCUUGCCCAUGCUGAAGCAGAGCAAUGGAAGCAUUGUUGUCGUCUCUUCUUUGGCUGACACAGCUAUGAAGGCAGUUUCUGGGAUAAUCAAUAUGCAAGCAGCUCCAAAGGAGGAAUGUGCCCUUGAGAUCAUCAAAGGGGGAGCUCUGCGCCAAGAAGAAGUAUAUUAUGACAGCUCACUCUGGACCACUCUUCUGAUGAGAAAUCCAUGCAGGAAGAUCCUGGAAUUUCUCUACUCAACGAGCUAUAAUAUGGACAGAUUCAUAAAAAACUAGGAACUCCCUAAGGGCUGGGCAUGCUGAGAGAUUCUGGGACUGUUCUGUCUCAUAUUUAUCUGAGCUCUUGUCCAUGAAGACAUCUUCCCAGAGUGUCCCCAGAGACAUGCAAGUCAUGGGUCACACCUGACAAAUGGAAGGAGUUCCUCUAACAUUUGCACAAUGGAAAUGUAAUAAUAAUGAAUGUCAUGCACCACUGCAGCCAGCAGUUAUAAAAUUGUUAGUAAACAUAGGUAUAAUUACCAGAUAGUUAUAUUAAAUUUAUCUCUUACAUAUAAUAAUAUGUGAUGAUUAAUACAAUAUUAAUUAUAAUAAAGGUCACAUAAACUUUAUAAAUUCAUAACUGGUAGCUAUAACUUGAGCUUAUUCAGGAUAGUUUCUUUAAAAUCAUAAACUGU